AUGGUAGUGACACGUAGUCAAAGAAGGCAGCGAUUAGCUGCAGCUGCGCCGCAGAUACCAGCUAAUCUCCUUCAAGCCACUAACGCCACACAUACACGCCAAUUUCUCCAGCAUUUAAAUGCAUCUAUCACAAACUACAGUGCAACUGGCCCAGGAUUUAAUAUCGAGAACGAAGAUACAAUUCAUCACAAUUAUGUGGUCGCAUACGAGUACGAAAUAGGCGCUGAUAAUGCAGCCCAUCACACUCAACUUCAAACGGCUUAUAAUCAGGCGGGCGUACAAUUCAUAAGCGCAGAUGUCCACCACGUAGGCAACCUGAUGAUGUUUGCACAACGGCAAAUAGUAGGUUCUAACACCCGAACUGCUCAACUGCCAACACACUGCAAAGUAUUUUCAGCCAUCAUCAGUUUUUACCCGCCUAAUCCUGCUGCCGCUGGCGGGCCUGUUGGCCACGUGUACGGCAUAGCCCUCGCAAAGGACCGCACAUCUAAUAUCCGCACGACUCGGUCUGGUCGGUAUAACCCCGUUCGCACACACAUCAUAGAGCAGAUGGCUCAGCAGUUCAACGUCACUCACGUGUAUUUGAGUGAAGAAAGGUGGGGUAACAUAACACAACUUCCUGGUAUGUGUGUUGGGAAUACAUACGAAUUCAUGCGUAGAAUAACAGCUAAUGGACAGCACGGGUGGGACCGGGAUGCGCCGUGGAUAGCAGAGAUGGGAUUGAGAGAGUUGGAGUGGGAUUUGACUCUCCCAGCUUUGAUUGGAGGUGUAUCUGUCAGGGUACCUCUAGAUCAGUGGAGGAAUGAGGUAUAA